ACACUCUUUUACCAGAUUUACUACAUUCUGCACGUUCGCUUUGCCGUUGAUCGGCCUGCCACUCUUUUCUCGCCCAUUUGAAGCAGCAGCGUUUUAUCACGACCCAACCUUAUACCUCCUUGUUUUUAACCCUUCGCCGCGACCCAUUUUCGAACUCACACCUUACCUUUCAUCAUGUCUUUCCAUAUUCCCGAUACAUCCUCCCCCAAUGUCUUGUACGCCCGCUCCCUUCUGUCCUUCAGAAGCUGUGUGUCAUGUCCCUCUACAUCACCGUCUUGCCCGACCUGCGACGAUGGCUAUACAUGUACGAUGACCAGUCAGUCAUGUUCUGCGUGUGCCAGCACCCAAUGUGUCAAGUCCCCAACGUCUAGCGACAGCUCCAGUUCAAACAACUCGGGUGGUGGAGGCAGUGACGCCGGAGCGAUCGCGGGAGGAGUCAUUGGUGGUAUUGCAUUUGUUGCGAUUGUGACGUUCCUCGUGUGGUGGUUCUUCAUCCGGAAGAAGCGCCAGGAACAGGCAGCCAGUGUGGCAGAAAAGGCCAGCACAUUCAACGACGCCCGACAGUCGAGAAAAUCGACCCAUUCGAUCGCAUCGACCGUCCUAACUCGCGCCUCCAAUGUCAUUCAGAUCGCAUAUAUUCCCGGUGUUACCAACCGCUCGCCUCCAGAAACCCCGGGCCACCUCGUGCCGCCUGUUCCUCCGUUGCCCGGUGCCCACCCGGAUCAGCACUUCUUCAUGCCUGGCGAUCUUCGCGACUCCACAUGGUCGGAAAUGUCGAACGAACGCCGCAGCAUCGCCCCGAGUUUGCGCAGCAGUGUGGCCACCACUAUCUACCGGAACAAUGCUAUCGUCAGCCCGAUGCCUGCACAACAGGUCAUGCGCACACGGGCGGCGGUGGUCAAUAUCAACGGAGCCGCAGAUGCGCCCGCUGUUCCAGCCAUCACCCAGGCACAACUCGCCAAGGCAGGCGUCACCACGACAACCAGCAACAGUUCGAUUGUCGCACGCACUGUUACCGCCAAGCCGGUUAUGGUGAGAGGUGCCUCGAAGAAGAAGAACAACAACGCCUCUGCGUCUCCCGCCGUCCAGACCAUCGAGGAGCAACCGGAGACAAAUAGUGCGGCUGCUUCUAAGUCGCCUAGUACCCAAGAAAAGGAAGAGACGCCUACCUCAGGCUUCGACGAAAACUCCUCGGAUGAAGAAGACUCGGCGCCGAAGACUACACCGGCACAGAACACCAACAAGACAGAGACCGCUAAGGAGGAGACACAAUCACGACCCGCUACCGUGAUUGAAGACUCGCCAGCCGUCAGCCAGAGCCCUUUCAAGGAUCAACCCGCAGAGACCGAUCGCCGAGCGUCUGCCCGAGCGUCAUCUUUGCUCGAGAGACCCGAAGGUACCCAGUCUAACCGAAGCAGUCGACACCUCCCACCGCGCGUCGAGAGCCCAUUCUCUGACGCCAACGAGGUGAAAUGAUCUGCACGCUCUUUCCUACAUGUCUGAUUUAUCUGCGUUUGAGAACCCUUUCAUUUGGAUGGCGACAAAUGGCGCAAAGUGAUUAGCAGUUGGCCCUAUGGGGAGCCCCUACUUUCUUGUAUCUAUGAUUUAUGCUUCUUGACUCUUGGAUCUCUAUUGGUC